UGGCGCUGACUCUGCUGUACCCGAGCCAAUGGAAAGCCCUUCAGACUGGAUGUUAGAGGCUGCAGUCGACUCAUUUUUUCCAACAGCUUCAGGCUCCAGAGAAGCAACACACACACAGACACACACGUCGGCUGUUGUUUCCCUAAAGGCAGUUUGGAGAUGCUCUGGAGGAUGGUUAGCAGGACCUGGCUCUGCUUCCUCCUGCUGGGUAUCUGCUCCCAAACAGAGAAUGUCAGAUCGGACGUUCCACUUGAACAAGAAUCAGGGGAAUCUGUGUUUGAGGACUGGGAAGAAGGAUCUGGAUCUUCUCUGCUGCAUCUCUUCCACAACUUCCCUGCUGACAGCUCCUUCAUUAAAGAAAGCCCAGUCAAUUGCACCCAGCGGUUCUGGUUACCACCAUCGUCUCCAGUGUGCUGGGAAAACAUAGCAGAUCCUGAGGAGUUUGCAAAGUCCCGUCUGCUUGUCCUGCAGAACAGGGCAGCGCUGCAGGCUGUGUCUGACCAGAGCGGGGUGGAGGAAACGAGGAUAUCCUACAACCAGCAAGCCAGAGAGGAGGUCCAGGGCAUCCUGUCAGACCAUCAGAAGGUGACGGAGACGGUGCAAACCAUGGAGACCGUGUUUGUCUCUCUGCAGGAGAAAAGAAGAGAGGGGAAGGAGCAGAGUUUUCUUUCUAGCAUAAAGGACCGUCUAGCCAACACGAAGGACGCCAUACAUGGAAAAGAGGUCAUGGCAAACAACCUGGAGAGCCGGUUUUCUACUUUAGAGAAAACUCUUCUCAAUAUACACCACCGACUCAGCAAACUUAUAGGAAAAUGACAACAAUGGAAACCUCCUCUGAACGCCUCGGGUAUAAGAAGUUGCAUACACAACUAGUUUUGAUGUCUACAAAAGAAGAACAGUGAAUAAAAGGGGUGAUAACAUGGACA